UGUGUUGUUUGCUUGGGCGCGCAUGCCCCACUUGAAAACGAUCCGCCAUUUUCGUCAUGUUUCCCGAAAUCAUGGAAAUAGCGAAAAAUUUGCUGCACGUCAACCUUGAAGUAAGUAUGUUUUGUACUCUCACUUGAUCAGACAGUUGAUGACUCCAUGGAUCCACUGUCGUCAACAUGUCUCCAAGGUUACUAAAUGACGCGUGCAUGACGCGAACUUCGCGAAGUGUAGGUUGUUCAGUUGUUUGAAGGGCGGACGUCUUCUGUCUGAAUUUUCUGAAAGGAAGGAAAAGGCCAAGGGCUGAUAAACUACUUGGCAGAAGCCAGGCAAUUAGUAUCAAUAAUAUUAGGACAGCCUGAAUGUUUCGACGCUCACUCACCUGCAAGUACAUUACAUGUGCAUCAUGUAUGAUUGCGGCAACGACUGCGGCUGGCUGUGCUGCCAAAUCACUGAGAAAUACUUCUGAAUACUGUAGAUCAGCUGUCAUCAGGCAGGGCUGCAUAGCAGAGCGAAUCAUGCCAUUGCAGUUGUGAGAACAGCACCAUCAUGGCGGCGGCGAAAGGCAAGCAGAGUCGCGGAGCUUGGCGCGGCCGUUCCGUAGCACACCAUUAUGGGCAGCCGGAGGAGAUCGUGCCGAAAGAUUUCAUUCGUAUUCAGCCAGUUCCUACUUCGUCACACGACACUGAGACACCCCAAGAGAAGUCAAAGAUACUGGCACGCACAUCGACGGUGCGUAUGAGCCAGCAUCCAACCCGCGAUGACUUCUCGCACGCAAAUCACUCGCGACGUACCCAGCAGAUGAGAGACAAGGGCCUUAAGUCAAGACCCGCAGCACCGUACGGUGAGCUUGGAACGGUUGAGAUGGACACGAAGGCAUUGAUUGCCAGGACGCUUGGCCAGCUACACAACCUUGAGAAAGAGAGCUCGUCGGAGAGUUCUGAUGACGACUGUGAUUCUCUCUCCAGCUAUUCAUCAUCCAGCAGUGUUGGACUGAGGGUGCCAGCGGAGGCAUCGGACAUGUCCAGGCUAGGGCUGGAUGAGCAGCUGAAGCAUGCCCAAAAGCGUCUUGACAGCGUGAGCCUGGGUCGCUGCCUCUUCACUAUAGUGCGCAACGAGGAGCAAGAGAGACUGAAGCAAAGACAGGAAGCGGCACUGGAGGAGUCCAAACGCCUGCGCUCCUCCUGGAACCCAAACCGAGAUGCCGGCCCAGCCGUCGUCGGUGCCGCUAGUAUUGGUGCUCCUCUCAACACCACCAGCUUUGUCAGCACUGGUGGACUUCGAAGUGCGUCUCUUGUCUCCCGUGGGACAACACCGAACCAUAGAGCGGCAGAUACGAGCAAUUCAGUCACAUUUGUGCACCCUGAGGAGAGGCAGCCACUGCCAGGAGAGAUCGCAAAGUUUGACAAGAACCCCGAGGAGCUGAACAUCGACGGCAAAACAGACGUUCCUCGGAUUAUUCGCCCAACCAGUCGUGUGGCACCCCGCCCUGAGGCGAGUGAGGCCGCCACUGCACCUGCUAGAACUGCGUCGUCUACCAAGGUUGAUGCAACUGCAGGUAGCCGAUCAAAAGACACGAAGACUGCAUCAGCCGUACACGUCACAAGCGCAUCGCAAUCAUCUAUGACUGACAGGCAGCAUGUUGCCACUGGUAGUAGUGACGACGACAGCGACGAAGACGACGAAGACGAUUCGUCCGCUAGCGACAACACGCUAAUGGACGCCACCAGCAGUGUGCAGCUUGGCGCAUUCAGCCGUAGCACGGUGGAUGGAAUGGGCAGUGACUACGACGAGGAGAGUGUUGAUCUGACAUACGUGCACAAGUAUUUGUCGGCCAUAUGCUGGAUUCUGGAAGGGAUGUUAGCCGACAAUCCCGCCACUCUAUCGCCCGUCGCCGAGUCCUGGCUGCCGGGAACAAAGGGUAAUACGUUGAAGGCACGCCGGGAAAAGUUCCAGCACAAAAGAUCGGUCAAUGAGAAGUGGGACGAGUUUAUCCAGACACCACUUAGCAAGGCUUCUGGCGCCGGACAUCAGCAUCACAAGGGACAGCAACGACAACGCAAAUCUCUAACAGAGCCGAGCAUCCAUCUCAACGGUUCCGUGCUAGGCCAGGCCGGUUCCGCGCGUACUCCAGUGGUGCAGGCGCUGCCCCCGUUCCUGGAAAAGGCGCAGACACUGGCCGUGCCCAGCAAUAAACACGAGAAGCCUCGCUCUCAAAUGCGCCCUGGCUCAAGACUGCCGCAUGUCAAGAGUGGUAGCAAAGGCCACAAGAAACUGAAUAAAGAGGAAAUGGAGUGGUUUGUGAAUCACAUCAGCCAGCAGGGACAGCGGCGUCGCAUGGCGCGCUCCCAGUCUAUGGGAAACCAGUACGAUGCCCGUGGUAGUACCGUGGAACUUGACUUGCCGCCCAUUGACUACAAGCAGACGCCGGUGACGUACGAUGCCGAGGCCAUUCGCAAGCGCUUCAGCAUCAGCCGGGCCCGUCGCGACCUCAUCGUGCAGACCCAGCUGAUGGCCAUGGAGAGGGAGCGGUACAAGACUUGCCAGCAGAAGUUCGAGGCGCUGAUGAAGCUAGGGCCGAACGAGCGCAUCUGGGACGUGCUGCGUCAGGUGCGCGAGGGCGUGGAGACCGAGUCGGCCGAGAUGGCUAGACGCAAGCUGCUGAUGAACUAUAACUGGUACGAGGACUUGGUUCUGGCACUUCCUACUGCUUCGCUGACUGAUCGUUGCUGUUCACUCGUGAUAACAAAGCUGAAGCACCUUAUCCCGACCUAUGUUGACCUUGGCCCUGACAAGCUGGACAAGAAGAAGUUGUUUGGUGUGUUCGCCCAGCUGGAGAUUUGGGAGCGUGAACUGCCACCUGUCCGUGAGGCUAUCAAUUUUGUUCGCAAUCAAGUCAUCUUCAUUCCGGAGAAGGAGUUCCGCAGCUGGCUAGCCAAGGGCAUCCAGGAAUACACGGACCAGCAAGCCAGGGAGAGGAGACAGAAAUCGGCGGCGGCCAAGGCAGCAACUAACCCCGUCCUGAAGGAGCUCAUCCGACAGAAGCAGCGAGCCGUCACGGAAGUCAUGACGGCAGCUAGGAUGAUUUGACAGUGCUGUCGUGAACUGCUAGGUAUUGACAUCCACAAGGUGACUAUUAGGAUAUUGAAAUUCAUUAUUUUUCUCGAUAAUAGGAGAGCGUAAGCAGUGGCUUUCGACCUGUCCGUCAAUGAAUUAGUUCCACCUCCACCUCCACCUCCACCACAUGCAUCGCAGUAUUUUCUCAGUGAACGUAUUUAGGAGAUUGAGCGUAUAUAAGUCAUUAGUUAGUUGAGUCUCUUUUGUAUUUUCUCAGUGAACUUAUUUAGGAGAUUGAGCGUAUAUUAGUCAUUCGUGAGUUGAUUCCCAUUUCCACGUGAUCAUUGUUGAAACGUCAGUUGAGCUCGGA